GUACAUAGGUGCGCUGAGAACCAUUGUCUUCUCCAUCAUCAGUACUCUGGGCUCCGUCUUCUGGACGUCCCUGCUGCUGGUGGUCCUUUUCUACUUAUUUGGCGUGCUGAUCGCACAAAUCGUCACAGACCACUGCAGGCACGUGAAGUUCCAACCAGUUCCCUUGGACUGCGCCAAUGAGGACACGGAAGAAGUGUUCGGCAAACUCCUGACAUAUUGGUCCAGCGUCAUGUGCACUUGGAAGCGCAAGUCCAAGAUUGACUUUCUUGACUUCUUUUUGAAGCCUCCUUUCCUGCUUCUCAUGGCCAUCACCGGCGGGCUGAGCUGGAAUGAUGCCCUGAUGCCUUUGCGGUCCAUCUCGGAGAUCGCUGUGACUGGCUUGAUCCUGUACAUCGUGAUAACCGUGCUAGCCGUGUUGAAUGUUGUCACUGGUGUCUUCUGUAAUAUGGCGAUCGAGUCUGCGCGUGCCGACAAGGACAUUGCCAUCAUGCAGCAAAUCCACAAGCAUGAGGCGCAAGUGGAUUCCCUGCGAGAGAUCUUCCACGAAAUUGAUCUGGCUUCUUGUCUUGGUGCUAGCAGUCUCCAUUGCUGCAAUUGUUCCUUGUUGCUAGUUCUUGCAAGGCAUAGCAUGAGUGUCUUCGCAUGA